AUGCCUGAAUGUCGGAAGCUCCUGGUUAUCGGGGCUACUGGCCUAAUCGGUAGCCACAUCAUGCGACACAUUUUGAAAAGAAAAGCCAGCUUUGACCGCAUCGUCGUGUUCACCUCGCACAAUACGGUCAAGACCAAGCCUGGAGAGAUUGCUAAAUUGGAGCAAGAAGGAGUUGAGAUUGUUCUCGGGGACCUGAGCAAUACGGAGGAGGUGGCGAGAGCGUUUCAAGAUGUUGAUACAGUCAUCUCGGCUGUAGGUCGAAACAUGAUUGAGCACCAGAUAGAAUUGAUUCGUAUCGCUGACAAGACACCCAAUAUUCAUCGCUUUUUCCCAUCCGAAUAUGGCACCGACAUCGAGUACAGCCCUCGGUCGGCAAGCGAAAAGCCUCACCAGAAGAAGUUGAGGGUUCGAGCUGCUUUGCGUUCGUGCAAGAAUCUCGACUAUACUUUUCUAGUGACGGGUCCUUACGCGAACGGAGAGCCAGGUCUCUACUUCAGUGCCAACUAUGGUGCGAAACACGCCGGAAGUUUUGACGUGAAAGCGAAGACUGCUUUCUUGAUAGGCGAUGGGAAUCUGAAGAUCAGUUUUACGACCAUGAAUGACGUUGGCAAGUUAGUUGUAUUGGCCCUUCUUCAUCCGGAGGCGAGUCGAAAUAAAGCUCUACGAGUGAACUCGUUCACGGCAACGGAUGCCCAGAUCCUGGCAGAAUUUGAGAAACAAUUAGGCGGAGAGAGCUUUCGGGUCUCUUAUACCGGUCUCAAAGAGUUGAAGCGCCUGGAAAAUGAAGCCUGGCAUACAAGCAACCCUCUUGCCACGUUGAUCACCUUAAGGCGGAUCUGGGCCGAGGGCGGCACGUUGUAUGAGGGGCGCGACAACGCUGUGAUUGAGGGAGGUGAUGUUGUGGAGACUCUAGAGGAUGCUGUCGCCGAUGCAGUAAUGGCCCAAAUGCAACGAGAACAAGACAUGAAGAGAAAGUUGGUAUAA